AUGCUGGGGCACAACCACCCCCAGAAGAUUGGGCCGUGGCGCUUGGGCAAGACGUUGGGCCGCGGCGCCACCGGCAGAGUCCUCCUCGCCACCCAUGACCAAACAGGCCAGCGCGCCGCCGUCAAGGUGGUGCUGAAACUGGAGUUGAACGACGACUACCCUGACGGCGAUGCUGGCGGCCUUCCUUACGGCAUUGAGCGGGAAAUCAUCAUCAUGAAAUUGCUCACUCAUCCCAACGUGUUACAGCUUUACGACGUGUGGGAAACAUCAAAAGCAUUAUACUUAGUGUUGGAAUACGUCGAAGGCGGCGAGCUUUUCGACUUGUUGGUGGAGCGUGGCCCUUUACACGAACAAGAAGCGAUCAAAUACUUCCGCCAGAUCAUCUUGGGGACCGCUUACUGCCACGCUUUGGGCAUCUGCCAUCGCGACUUGAAACCUGAAAACUUAUUAUUGGACGCUGAUCUCAACGUCAAACUCGCCGACUUUGGCAUGGCUGCGCUAGAAUCUAACGGCAAGUUGUUAGAGACGCUGUGUGGGCUGCCUCAUUAUGCCGCUCCCGAAAUUGUGCUGGGGCUCAAAUACCAUGGGGCCGCCCUGGACGUGUGGCUGUGUGGGGUGAUUCUCUUCGCCCUUCUUUCCGGCAGACUUCCGUUUGACGACGAAAACAUCCGUAACCUUUUGCUCAAGGUGCAAGCCGGCCAUUUCGAAAUGCCCUACGAUCUUUCGCCCGAAGCCCAGGACUUGAUUGAUCAAAUGUUGACGGUGGACCCCAUCGACCGUAUCACCACUGAAAAAGUACUCCUGCACCCCUUGCUCCACAAAUACCCCAUCUCGCUGGAGGACUUGAUUAGUGUCAAGCUGUUGCCGCAUCCCGAAACCGCCUACAAGCUGUUGGGCCUGGAGAAGAACAUUGACCGCCAAAUCUUAGACAAUUUGAUGAUUCUCUGGAAGGAUCGCAGCGCCGACGACAUUGUGCGUCUGUUAUUGGAGCCCGGCGCCAAUCCCGAAAAGACCUUUUACGCUUUAUUGUUGCGCUACCGUCAUAACAACUCGGACCUGAACCACCUGCUGCCACGCAAACUGCGCCAGCUUUCGCUGCUGGGCCUGUGGCUGCUGAAACUGACCCCGAAAAAGAAGCGGGCAUCGCAAAUCGCUGUUCUGCGGCCCCUGCUGUUCCAAUACUUGGGGCUGGUAGUUCAGACUAGCGACCGCAUGCUGAGGACAUCGCUUGGCACCCACCGCAACUCAUUAGGCGGCGGGCUCUCGGUGGCAGGUGGUCGUACCGACAAUAGCAUUCUGCCGAUUAAGCUGCCGCGCGCGCUGCCGACAAAGAGAAGACUGCCGAAGAAGGACACCAAGACGCAAAGAUCGCUGGUGGGCGUGCCGCGCAACAUCUACCAGGAGAUUGUCGAUGCUCAGACGAUUGCCAAAGAUACCCAGCCGUCGUUGCCUCACACUCAAACCGUUUCUUACGGCGGCCACCAGAUCCUGGGUCAUCCUCUGCCGAUCAAGGAACUGGACUCACCUCAGAUCAAAGCUCAUAAGAUCGCUCAUGAACAGGCGGCCGGUAUUGCUGCUGCCGCCGGAAUCGGUCUGGCGGUGGUCAAACAAGAUGCUACCAUGGGUCUGUUUGAUGAUAGCCUGGUCCUUGCCAACCUGACCACGGCUCCCGCCCCCGGUGAGGGUCCCCGCGACGGUCCUCCCGUGGUUGACGAAGUCACUCGCGACUUGCUUGCUCUGGCCCACAUUCGCUCGCUGAAGCUGAUUGAAUCUUUACUUAGAACCGGUCAAACCGGCAAGAUUUCGAAGCUGAGCAGCCGCAACCGGAUGCUGGUGGCUCUGAAGCGGCGCCUGGCAGCUAGCGCUCCCCCGGUGACUGCGAACCCCGGUGGGUUGAAGCGUAACCUGAUCACAAUGAAGUUGCUUCUGACUUACGCCAAAUUGGCGGGGGAAACCGACUGGGAAUAUAUGGAUAAGCUGACCAAGCGCACGCUGGCAACCUUUGCUCAAUUGUGUGAUAAGAUUUUCAACCAAGAGGAAGUUACUGCUGAUGAAGAACAGCUUUUGGACGAAGAGGAACGCCGGGCUCGUGAGUAUGAACGGUUAAUGGAACAGGAGCGCAAGAAGCGUGAAGCCGAACUUAUCGCUAGACGUGAAUUGGAGAAGCACAAGAAGAGACAGAAGCGGCGCUCGCUUAUGUCGCUGAAGAAGCUUUCCAUCAUCGUCAAAGAAGACAGUCAAGACUACGACACCAACAACGACUCGCUGAUCAUCUCUCCUGAGGAAAUUGCUCAAUUGAAGCACGCUCGUUUUGGUGGCCAAGGCUCCGCUGAUCUGUCUCGUCGGGCUACUCCCGACCUUCUGCGUCGCCCCGUGCUGCGAUUGGACCCCUUGUGGACUGCCUACGAUAACAAUAAGCUUGAGCGGGCUAAGGACGCUCUUGACCACGAGUUGAUCAACGGCAAGCGGCCUAAGCUGUACGCUGGUCGUCGCAAGCCUACGCCUCGUAUCCAUGAAGAUGAGCAGCGGUACUCACUGGCGCUGGACCGUAGGGGAAGCGACCGCUACCGCAACCCUCUGACUCGCUACGACGGCCAUGACUAUGAACCUGUCGAAAAGCGCGACCGCAGAGUGCUGUUAGGCGAACAACGCGAUCGGAGAGUGCUGUCAGGCGAACAGCGCGAUAGAAGGGUACUGUCAGGCGAACACCGUGACAGAAGGGUCCUGUCUGGUGAACGCGAGCGUCGUUCGAGUAAGCGCGAAUCUCAAUACGAUGACUACGACCGCUACACUCAGCGCGACAGUUACGGCGAGUUUGAAGACGAGCUUGAUGAAGAGGAAGACCGCUACUACGGACGCAGACGUAGCGAAGGACGGGCAUCGCGUCGUGAAUCUCGCGACCCGGGCUACGACCCUCGCAGGGGUUCUCACUACUACCCUGACGAUUACGACGUCCGUCGUGGUCAAUACCCUGUGUCCGGCCCCCCUCCACUUGCUGAUGAUGCCAGCGGCAAUCUUGAAAUCAUUGAGGAUCUGGACGAUACCUGCGACCAAACCACCGAAAUCCACCCGCAGCGUCAACGCCAAUCGGUGGUUGCUGCCCGUAAAGCCACCCGCGAGGCGAUUGAGGGCUCUGAGGAAUAUCCCGCUACUGGAGUUAAUGGCUUCAAAAGUGCUGGUAUCCACGACCGCCCCACCCUUAUUGCAAGUGUCCAUAUUCCCAAGGUAACGAGAAAGCUGCGAGGUUUCUCGGGCUCAACUAAGCGCUUGCUGGUGUUGCUGCAGUACCUGACUAAGGAGCUGUUCCGUGAUCUCAGUCUGAUUCUCAAGGACGAGGACGCUCCUGCCACCAAUCACCGCAACUCAUUGACUUCGGGCUUGGCUCUGGCCACCGCCCCGAGAGCACUGUAUGCUGAACGCUUUGAGGAAGCAGAAGAAGAUUCGGUUGAAAACGGCGAGUACCGCGAACUGGUGUACCGUGAACUGCAUUACUACAAUGGUGACACACAGGGUCGUAGUGCACUGUACUACGAUAGUCUUGAGUUCCGUGAACAGGCCUACAGCCACCCUGAACGAGGACUGGUGUAUCUGACGGCGCUGAGAGUGUCGCGCAAGUACCGCGACCCUCGCUACCAACUGGUGGGCCCCCGUCCCAAGUCGCAGCUUCCCAACUUGCCCGAUGACAGUAAUGAAGACAACGAUGGUCUUGACGAUCUUACAUUUAACCAGCCCAGCAUCGAUGCCGAAGAGAUCAAUGGUGACGAAGUACCUCUCGGGCACAAAGGCUCAUUACUUGAUGCGCCCGAACGUAAGCGCAGACCAUUGGAUGUUGACGAGGAUGACCAAGAUGAUGGCUUCGAUUUUGUCACUGACGACAGCUUGAAUAGACCAAGCCGUGUGGAUGCGGGUGAAGAGGCUACCGAUACUCAGGAAGUCACUGAAAUGCCCUCAGUGGCACUGGACAUCAUUAAUGCUGACGCCACUGCUACCACAUCGGUGGAUGACACUGAUGAGUACACUUUUGCUACUCAUAAGCACCCUCGCGGUCCUCAGCCUCCCAACUUUGACAAUGUCACUGAGGAAGAAGACACCAACGUGUUUGACCACAUCAAGUUGCCGAAGAAUAAUGGUAAUGGCACCAUCAAGGUCCCUGCCGCUGAGUCCUCGAAGGCUGCCUCCAAUGCAUCCACCGCCACCACCGCUGCUCCCAAGCCCCGCGGAGUUAAUGAUUCUACCAUGGGCCCAGGACGCACCGGUCGUCGUCUCAAGCCAUUGGUGAUUGCUCCCAAGAGCGAUGCCGCUGCUCAGUCGCCGUCGAAGCAGAAGGUGAUGGGGUCAAAUGAGAAUCCUUCACCUAAUGUCAAUGGUAGUAUCAAUGGUAAUGCUAAUGGCAACGUCAAUGGCAAUGCUCAACAAAAGAAUGAGCAACCAGGUAUGUCCAAUGGCACUCUGGGCUUGCCCAAGGUUCGUAAGCAACUGUUGCUUCUGCCAGUGGUUCCCCCUAAGAUGGGUGCUGUUGCUAAUGGUCAAGCUUCUCCUGCCACCACAAUGGUUCCUAGUCCGGCUCUAACCGGUAAAACUGCCGUUGACAAAGUAGAGGAACACGUCACCAAGCCUCUUCAGGAUUCUACCAACCGUGUUCGCCCCACCGCGAAUGACGGGCAACAGCAACAGCCGCCUGUUAAUGAAGAACGCCGAUCGGGAUCGCUGUUCUUCCGCAAGUUGUCGUGGGGCACUCGCAAGGUUACUGAGGAAACUCAACAGGCCAGUCGCAAUACUACUCCUGGUUUGAGUCUGCGCAAACCCGUCGUGGAAGAAGACAUGCCCAAGAAGCUGUUUUUCCGGUGGUUCUCGCUGGACCAACACGAUCCUGACGAUAUUCGUCGCUUCGAAACCAUCCUUCCACGUCCAGAGAUGCUGGCCGCGCUCAUGCUGUUGUUGACUCAAUGGCUGAACUUUGGUGUAAAGGACUUGCGCGAAGAUAGAGUGGGUCUUACUAUUACUGGGGGUGUUUCACGACUGAACCAGUUCAAUUUGAAGAGUUGCAAGUUUCGGAUCAAGGUCAGUCCCCGGGGAGAUGGUCAAAAGUCGCUGAUUGUGUGUGCUCGUGUCAAGGGGCUGAAGACGCUGUGCGACACAUUGUUUAAUGAGAUUGAAAAGGUGUUACGAAAGGAAAAAGUGUUAGACGAAGGCUUAGCCUAA